ACAUCCGUAGCAGCAUCGCGUUCUGUUAUGGCAACCGGCGAUGAAAGUGGAUGCGUGCGGUUAUGGGAUACACGGCUGAUGGGAAGCUCCACAGCUUCCAAAGGAAUGCUACCGGCUGGCUGUGUGCAGCAGUGGAAAGAGCACAAUGAUUAUGUUUCGGCGUUUGAAACCUCGUCAGACGGAUUUACGCUUUUGGCAUCAUCGGCGGAUUGUACAAUGUCGAUAUACGACUUGCGCAUGGCGCAACAAGGAGAAACAGAUAAGACCAAAGUGGUGCGACGCUCCGACGACCAGGAGGACGAACUCCUUUCGUUAUUAGUUAUGAAACGCGGUAAAAAGGUGGUUGCCGGUACGGGUGAAGGUGUUCUGGCAGUGUGGAGCUGGGGGACAUGGGGGGACGUGAGCGAUCGGUUCCCCGGGCAUCCCGCUAGUAUCGAUGCUUUGCUCAAAGUUGAUGAAGAUACCUUAUUGACUGGAUCUUCCGAUGGACUUAUACGUGUUGUUCAGAUUCAUCCCGAUAAGUUGCUUGGUGUAUUAGGUGAUCACGAUGGAUUUCCAAUCGAAAAGCUAUAUUUCAACGCGGACAAGAGCUCCGUGGGUAGUGCCACGCACGAUAGAAUCAUUCGUUUGUGGGAUGCACGGGUCCUUCAGGAA